AUGUCAACUUCAAAACCACAUACACGUGAACCUCUUAAUACACGACAACGUACAAUUCUUAUGACAUUCUAUAAUCAGAAUCCAUAUCCAUCUGCAAGUGAACGUCAUCAACUUGCUGAAACAACUGGUCGAACAUUAAAACAAAUUCAAGAUUGGUUUUCAAAUCGACGACGUAAUGAUCAACAAUUAAUAUCAGGAAAACCAACUAUUACUUUAUUACCUCCUCCUCCUCCACCACAACCACAAGUAGUACCAACACAACCAAUGUAUUGUUAUACAUCACCAACAUCAGCUAUGUGUCCAUGUUGUUACUUCACUCAAACAUCUCCAAUAAUUGAUCAAACAUUUUAUUCUCAUUAUCCAACAUAUUACUAUUCUUCAUCGAAUACUUUUCAUUCAUAG